AUAUAUUUAAAUACAACCCCCCCUUCCACUUUCCCACCCACAAAAUUUUCUCUCGGAUUUUCCCUUCACUUUCUCGCAUUUUCUCUCUCUCCAAACAGAAUCAUAUCCCCCAUGGAAGACGACCCCUCUGCUUCAUACAUCCACAUGGUGCAUCACCUGAUCGAACAGUGUAUAAUUUUCAACAUGAACAAAGAAGAGUGCAUGGAAGCUCUCUCCAAACAUGCCAAUAUCAAACCGGUCAUCACUUCCACCGUGUGGAAUGAACUGGAGAAGGAGAACAAGGAGUUCUUCGAAGCGUAUAAGAAGAAACGACGUGACGUUACGACGAGGGCUGCUGAUGGGAAUUCGUCCGACACGUCGGAUUUCAACUUGCUGGAUUCGGGGAAUACGACGUCGGGUAGGUAGAUGGGUAGACAAGCGGUGGUGAUGGUGGAUGGAAAUUAAUAAAAAAAUAUGAAAUAAGAUAAAACAAGAACAUGCCUUUGUACGACGCCGUUUUUAAGGAUCGUAGGUGAAUGGAACAGCGGCGUUGGGUAAGGGAGGAGUCGAUGGGAUAAUUUGAGGGGAGUGAAGAUAUUUUAGGAUAUCUUGCUGACACGUGGGGAAACGUGGCUACACGUGGCAGCAUGCUGCAAUUUUCUUUUUUUAAUGUAUUGCUAUCGUUUGCUGAUUGGACCUUGUCGGAGGUGUAGUAAUUUAAAUGGAAUUUCCUUUUUUAGUUUUAUUUUUA